AUGGCGUUCAAUCCCAAUCCUUCCAACCCGCUGUUUGGUGGUCAGAAGCCCGCUGGCUCUCUCUUUGGCUCCUCUACCCCACAACCAUCCGGUGCGUUGUUUGGCAGUACGCAGCCCCAACAGCAGCAGCAGCCACAACAACAGCAGCAACAGCAGCAGCAACAGCCCGCCGGCACUUCCGCCUUUGGCGCAUUCGGCCAACCUGCUCAAAACCAAACAGCGAACACCACCGGCAGCUUCUUUGGCUCCACGCUCGGGUCGAACACCCAGCAGCCGGCGCAGGGCUCGACGCUCUUCGGGAACCCCGCCGGGGCCUUCGGACAGCCUCAGCAGCAACAACAGCAGCAGUCGACGAACAUAUUCGGACAGCCCGCUGGGCAGCAGCAGCAGCAGCAGGGUCAGACGGGGGCGAAUCCGUUCGGGCAGCCGGCAAAACCAGCGAACGCGCUCUUUGGCGCGAGCACGACCGCGUUCCCUUCAGCGUUUGGGACCUCGUCGAAUGCGCAGCCCGGGCAGCAGAGCACGCUGAACUUGGGGGCGUUUGGCGGACAGCAGAGCACGUUGAACCUGGGGGCAUUUGGCGGACAGCAGGCGCAGACGAACGCGGGCGCGGGCGUAGGGGCGGGCGCAGGCAAGAAUCUGUUUGGGUCGACGGCUCCCGGCGGUGCGGCUCAGAUGUGGGGGAACUCGACGCAACAACUGGCGCAAAGCACGGCCGCGCCACAAUUCACGAGGUCAACGAAGUUCAAUGACCUACCGGACCAGUCGAAGAAAAUGCUGGAGGAGAUUGAUUCGUUCAUCCAGGGGCGCGUGCAAAUAUGCAAGGACCUGAAGCAGCGGAAACUCGGGGACGAGGCGGUAAAGGGUCAGGAGGGCAUCCGUGUUGUGCAGAAGGACCUCAGUGGCGCCACCUCCCUCCUGCGGUCCGACGUACAGCAUACAAAAGACCUGAAGCAGCGGGUCGACCAAACGGUGCAGGAUAUGAUCGCCGCGACGCGCAUCGUGGACGGCUUCAGGAACCCACAACAGAACGGGCAGUACCUCAAGACGUACGCGCACUUCCCCCUCGAGUUCUUCCACCGCGUCACGGAGCAGAUGCGCGAGCGGUUGCGGUGGUACAAAGCCACGAUCGAGCAAAUCGAGCGCAAGCUCUCCUCGGCCGCGUCCCAGCCCCAGCACACACCCCAGGCCAUUGUGUCGACGCUCGAGGCGCAGCACACGACCUUCAUGGCGCUCGCCGCGAAGACGGCCGCACUCGAUGCGGAGCUGCAGAAGCUCCGGACGCUCUACACGCAACUCUGGCGCGCGAAGACCGGCAGCAUGCGUGAUCCGUUCAACGAGCUCGACCGCGGGAGCGACGUCACGUUCGGACUCGAGAGCCUCAGCUCCGCCCGGUGA